AGAAUUUUAAAAACAGGUGCAACGUCGGAUGGAAUCUCAAUAUUUCUAUCGUAAAUCCAGAUUUGUUAAUCACAAUGACUAACAUCUUUGAAAUCUUGAACAAGGCAGAUAUUCACACUGGAAGGAUUCUGGGUGGGUUUUCGCUUCUUUUAUUCAUUAUUCCCACCGCGACCAUGCUUAUAUUACCAAAACUCGCUGGUACUCUGGGUUUUGACACGAAUAGUUCGCUUAUAUUAAGCGUUGUGGUUGCGGUGACUUCCGUUUUGGGGAUAACGUUCAGCUACGCUUGGAUAGCUUAUAAGCAACAAGAUCAGGGUGAAGAGGUCGUUAGCAAGUUUUUUGGUAACAAGGCCAACAAGAAUGAUUAGCUAAAGUUGUAACAUACUGACUUGUGUUGCUGCUCCAGUCGUGAAUGAAGAAGAGGCUUCUAAAGGCCAACGGAAGGUUUGGGAAUUAAAUUUGAGUUUAUCUAUACUCUGGCUAAAAGAAGAUUGGCAGUCCUUAUGCGUUGUGACCCUCGUUUUGACUUAAGUGUACAUUACAAGAUCAGCUCCGAAAAACGGUGGGUGUCUGGCUUAUUAGUCGAAGAGUCGACGUAAUAAAAAUAUCUAGACGGUUUCAGUGUGGAAGGAUAUACUGGAGUGUCUGUCUUUUGUGAGUACUGGAGGCCCCCUCCAAUAAAUUAGGCAGCACGUUCACAAGGCAUUUUUCAUCGUUGUUGAUGAUUUUUAAAAAUAACAUAGUUUGUUUUGUCUUUUGUUCCUAGCCUGUUACUUUCAGUACUUUUGUACGUGCCUGAUGCCUUCAUAAGGUCGUAUAGGAAUUACCAUUCAUUGUCACCCUUGUAACAAGCAUAUCUGUGACUCUGGCAUUACAUACGCGUUAU